AUGCGUUUCACCUCCAUCUUCGUUGCCGGCGCUUUCGCCACCAUGGCCGCUGCCCAGAGCAAGACUGCUUCUGUCUCUCCCGCUCAACAGUCUCAGCUUGACUGCCUUGACGCCUGUGAUGCUGGUGAUGUCAAGUGCCAGUCUUACUGCAUCACUGUCCCCUCUCCCGAUGAGAAGAACAUCAACGCCACCACCGAGUGUGUUGCCGCCUGUCCCAAGGGCAAGGGUUCUGCCUCCGACACCGAGAAGUACUCUGUCUGUCUCCAGGACUGUAUCGCCAACAACUACUGGAAGACAGUCUCCGGUACUCCCCGUGAGACCGGCGAUGCUGGCUCCAAGGACGAGGCUUCCUCCGCUGCCGGGUCUGCUGCUUCCAAGGCCACCGGCACUGCCUCCGAUGAGGACAGCACCGCCACCGCUUCUGCCGCUGAGUCUGAUGCCACCGCUACCGACGCCUCUGAGACCUCUGGAUCCGCCUCCGGAUCCGCCUCCGGUACAGCUUCUGGCUCCGCUGCUUCGUCUACCGAGACUGGCAAUGCCGCCACCGCUCUCGUUGGCGGCGUCUCUCUUCUCGGUCUCGUCGCCGCUGUCUUCGCUCUGUAA